GAGGAACACGAGGAAACACAGGAAAGUGGAGUAAAAGUGAGAUUUAGCCAAGUAUAUAUUUUUUUUCCCCUUUCCAAGGGAUUUUAAACUGGUCCCGAGAUAUAUUUUCUUAGGUGAAUACAGUUUUAGGUGUUUUAUAAAUGUUUGAGUGCUCUAUAAGCAACUGUGUUUAGCCGCGUGCUGGAGCUAGCGAGACGAGCUAGCUGAGUCGUGUGGACGUCGUUCAAGGUCAGAUAGACCCCACGGCGACCGGGACAGCAGUGUGGGUCCUCUGACGAAGAUUUCCCUGUUCGGGCUGUGCUGCUGAACAAGGAGAGGAACGGAUGAACAGAAGCAGGACAUCUGUCCUUCAGGCUGUGCCCCCAUGCCACAGGAGGUUUCUGUGCUCAGCUGGCAGCAGGUGGUCUUAAUUCCACCCCUUUCUUGUGGACUGCUGGCAAGAAUUGUGCAGCACUGCCGAGCUUUGCACAGAGCAAACAGGAUGUUUGCUUACACCUUCACGCAGCCACUUUUUGACAGCACGAAGCUGGUGGAGUUGAAGCUCCAACAUAAGACCAUCUUUGAGGGGCUGGAGUCUGAGCGCUGGUGGGUGCUCAGCAAUGAAUUUUAUCAUUUGUUCCCAGAGCUUCCUCCUCAGCACUUUGCGUCUGUCACUGCUGUGGCCUGCAUCAAGCACUUUGGAACAUUGAUCAGUGAGGCAUCCAUCUACCUCCGCACUGAAUCAGUGGAGACGUCACUGCAGAAUGUUACACUGCAAACCAAAGUGUUGAAGACACUGAAGCUGAUUUCCAUUGGUUCAGAUGGCUGUUUCAGGUCUCAUCAGUCAAGCAACACUAGAAUCCUCGAGACACCAGCACCAUUCAUGGUUUCCAGCAAACCAAGAGGACCCCCACCAGGCUUUUAAUGACUCACACUAUACACUUUAAUAUUACACAGUUUUACCUCAUUAAUAUAGUAAUUGCAAUUUUAACGCAUAUUAUUUUUCUAACAAACAUUCUUUGAGUGUGUGUUUUUGUGUAUGUGUGUGUCUGCGUGAAUGUGUUUAUUUUUCAGAGGCAGUUUUUUCUGUAACCAGGAGAGCCCCUGAAAGUUUACCUUACAGAGCAUGACGUUGGAGCAUCAUACCUACCCAUAACCAGGCUGGAAACAUGAGUUCCAGUGCAGCGUUCUUCCUGGAUUAGAGACUGUAGACAUCAGUGGUUUUUGAAUUACAUAAAGACACUCUAGACAAGAGGACUGUUCAAUUUCUAGACCAGAUCAGAAGAUGUUCAUCAAAGGAAGCCUUGGGAGGAAGUCCAGCAGGACAAUUUGAGACAUCAGGAGUCAUAAAAAGAAGACCAUAAAGAAGACUGGACAGUUUCUCACUGGAUACUGUCAUUAUCAGCAUUUAUUUUCAUCAGCAGCAGCAUCACUACCACCAUUAUCAUUAUUAUCUUAGUCAUGGACACAGGACAAUAUUUCAGCAACAUAUUAAUAACCUUUACUUCAUUUAUGUUGAUUGUUGUGUAAAUUGUACUAGUGCAGUAUUUAUAAUCUUGUAAAUAUUUUUCAGUAAAUAUAUUUAUGUUUCAAACAUGAAACUCUUAUAAUUCCA